AUGUCCGCACCUAGAGCUUACCAAUUCAUUGCCCUGAGACGUCUGGCAGCUGGUGGCAGCCGUCGCCAGCUUCACAUGACUGGCCCUGCUACAUUCCCCUCGCCAUUGCUUACCGCUGAGCGUCCUGUCUCAAACCUUCCGCGUGACAUUGCAGGCUUGAGAGCCGAGUGCAAGAGACGCAAACUGGACUUCUCUGGCUCUAUGCACGAUCGUCCCCAUGCUGAGCAGAAGGACGAGGUCAAGGCAGUUCGUCACUUCAACACCAGCCGUGCACUCAAGGCUGUCAACGACAGCUCUACCAUUGACUUUGCCUACUUCCCCGACUUUGACCCUGACAAUGCUGAGGCCUCUGCUCUCCGCGUUCCCCUGCUUCCUAACAGUACUGGUGCUCACAGUGUUGAGACUGCCGACAGCAUGGUCAUGAAACCACAGAUCAACACUAUGGCAGCUGACAAGAUCAUAAGCAACUUUUCCGAGGUUUCGGAUAACAAUGCCAUGACGAUUGACUUCCACGGCAUGGCGGAGCGUAUUGCUGCAGCCACUCAGAAAGCGGCCCAAGCACCUAUGGCGGAGCAGACUAGUAUUCUGAAGCAGUUGUGGAAAGGCAUCGUAGAGGACUUCCAAGGUGUGCAGGCAAAGCCCGUGGUGGCUUGA